AUGAACUACUCACUCUUACUACUUAGUAUCAUAUUAGUAUGUGUCGCCAGGACCAACCGUUUUGAGCACAAAAUUUUUUGUUCAAAUGGAAAUUUGUUCAAAAGAUCGCAUAGGUUUGGAUUCCUUCCCACCGCGUCCAUUAUCAGGCAUUUCCUGAAUGCAAUUUACGAUGCAAAUGUGGAGCAAUAUAUCAAGGACUUGAACAUACUGUUGGAAUCUAGGAAAGAGGGCAUAAGAUUCUUGAUGGCUAUGAAACUGGACGAAACAUUCUCCAAACCAUCGUCUGUCGAUGGAGAUUUCACUCCUUUACACAGCAAUAAAGCCUGUUUACCUGAAUGCUUUUCACCAGAUCCGAAUGAAAGUGAAUUACUUAUACAUUUACUAGUUGAAAGGGUCCAUUAUAGGGAUUACCAAGGUAAAGGUGAAGGUCUGGAGAGAGUGACGAUUGGCGUUCUUGACUUUCGUGCCCCCGAUGGCUUCAUCUUCCUCCCACCCUGGAUGUUCAGCUCCCUCAACAUCAAGGAAAGAGAUAUAGUAAGGGUACACAAAACACGAUUGUCAGAUGCUAUAUCAGUACGGCUUAGGCCCACUAGCGGUUCAAUUUUUUCAGUUGAAGACCAAAAAUCUUUUCUGGAGAAACGACUUAAAUAUUACUCAAAUCUCACAAAGAACACCACAAUUUCGAUUUUGGACCAGAAUAGCAACAAUGUUUUCAACUUCAAAGUGGUCAAUAUUGCUACUGAAAACAAAGAAAAUGUAGAGGCCGCUUCAAUACAAGAUGUGGAUGUAGCUGUGGAUUUGCUGCCGGUGCAAUUCAAUUCAGUCUAA